AUGGCCGAAGCACCGCCGCCCCGAUACCUCAUUAGCCACGCGUUGCUUGACGUGGACUGUCCAUCGCACCGUGACUGCCAUCGACCUACAUUCAACCGCCGCAAUCGCGCUCAGAAACUCUACAAUCAGCCAAGACGUCAUGGUCCAAGUUCACAAGGCCACAAACAAGAGGUUGAGAAGUGGGAUGUCAUAGUGCCCGAAGAGAGCGUAAUAGGCGGCUCGCGGAUCUAUGACCACAAGAAGGAAGCACGGAGAGUCUCUCAGAGCAAGACGAUAGGUUCGGGCAAGGCGCCCCAGCUGACGCAGUGCGCGACACCCGUGCCCACCACGCCCUCUAGUCGCAAGCGGCGAGCAACGGUCGCCAGUGGCGGCAUUGAAGACGUUGUGAACCAAUCAGCUACAAGUAACAAGCGAUCGAAGUACAAACGGGAGAGCGCUGCCAGCGCUGCUCGGAUCGAAAGGUCGUGGGGCGGACCAGUCUCUGGAACGACUCUAGAGCCACCGGCAGUCUUCAAACUUCCGCCGCCUCCCCGCGGCCAUACUGCAGGAGGUAGUAGUUCAACUGCUCCGGAGCAAGUCCCCACGUAUAGGCAUGCUGAGGAGAAACAGUGUACUCAGCCUGUGCCAAGUCUCAGGAACCUGGCCUUCCCCGGAGUCGGACUCCAGGACUCCGUGGAUCCUAUCCCUCAACCUCACCCCACUGAUGAUCCGCUGCCCACUUCGCGGCCGUGGCUAUUACCUGCCAUUGACAUCGCCGGCUCUGAGUGGCAACGGCCUGAAGUCCCACGUGCUAUUAAGCCACUCCCUCGCUGGGCGAGGAUCUCUACUGGCACAACGAGCGCACAAGUGCACCCUCAAACCACGCCGUCACCGGGUUCUGUCAACAAAGGAGAAUCACUCACUAUGGGUAUCGCGCCAGGUGCGGUCCCAUCGGCAGUACCGUCGUGGUCGAUGGCAACCCCGGACUACGUGAAUCCACACACAGCAGGUGACUUACCAGGGUGGCACUCGUCCGUCUCGAGCGAGGGGCUGUCUCAAUUUCCCCCGCCGAUAUUCACUGCCGAGCCAAGCGACGCUGCGACCGGGAGCAGCCCGUUGGAACAUCAGUCACCUUCUAUGCCAUCGGCGGACUCGGAUGGAUAUACGUCCACCGGAUACGGCACACCCGCGUCCAGUAAUCCAGCCAUUAGUGACACCGACGAUGACGAUGGGGACUCGGAACCUUUCGAGCCGUCGGGCAAGGAUCCCACAUUCUGGCGCUGGAUGGAUGCUGUCUAUGUGCGACUGGGUGAGAAGCUGGAGACGCACUAUCAGCCGAGGCCUCAGGCGCCAGGCAAAGUUGAACAAUUACUCAUAACUGACAUUGACUAUUGACGUCAAUAGUCUCUGACAUACGUUCAGACCAAGAUACACCUUGCGAUUACAGCGAGUUUCAUCCAUACUAGUAAAUCUCUUGACUGCAUGUUAUUGGGUUUGGUAACUGUAGAUGAAUACAGUGACUGCAUUACGAGACGAGCGUGGACCAACGUAAAAGCGACUCGGACACAGGAUCUUACCUAUCAUACUCGAGCCUCCUUGUUCGUGCAGGUAAUAAUGAGCUUCUGAUAGAACAGCUUUUGUCUGAUCGCUGGUCGCCGCAUAACGAAUACAUCAUGGCGCGUGUGACCUGACUUCGUCAGUAGUGAAUGUGUUGCCUUCCAGGAUAAGACACUGGCAUGUUAU